UCAUUUCUCAUAAUUUCUCUCUAAAAAUAAUAAUUCUUAGUACUAUAGUUUUUAUUAUUUGUUGAAAAAAAAAUGGCUGGUGGUGGUGGAGGAAUUAGUCAUGGAAAUAAUGGAAAAGAAUAUCCUGCAAAUUUAACUCUUUAUGUUACUAUUACUUGCAUUGUUGCUGCUAUGGGUGGAUUGAUCUUUGGUUACGAUAUCGGAAUUUCUGGGGGUGUGACAUCAAUGGACACAUUCUUGAGCAAAUUUUUCCAUUCUGUUUACACAAAGCAAAAGGCAGACACAUCAACAAACCAGUACUGCAAAUUCGACAGCCAGACACUAACAAUGUUCACAUCAUCAUUGUACCUUGCUGCACUAUUUUCGUCGAUUGUUGCAUCAACUGUUACAAGAAAAUUGGGAAGGAAACUUUCAAUGCUCUUUGGGGGUGUCCUGUUUUGUGUUGGGGCUUUGAUAAAUGGUCUUGCUAGGGAUGUUGCUAUGCUCAUUGUUGGAAGAAUUUUGCUUGGUUUUGGUAUUGGAUUUGCCAAUCAGUCUGUACCUUUGUACCUAUCUGAAAUGGCACCAUACAAGUACAGAGGAGCACUUAACAUUGGCUUUCAAUUGUCAAUCACAAUUGGCAUACUUGUAGCCAAUGUGUUGAACUUUUUCUUCGCGAAGUUUGACCGGGGAUGGCGUUUGAGUCUAGGUGGCGCGAUGGUACCUGGAUUGAUCAUAACUGUAGGUUCCCUCCUCCUCCCAGAGACUCCCAACUCCAUGAUUGAACGUGGAAACAACGAGGAGGCCAAGACAAAGCUCAAGAGGAUCAGGGGUGUUGAUGAUGUGGACGAAGAGUUCAAUGAUUUAGUCGUAGCUAGUGAAGCCUCAAGGAAAGUUGAGCAUCCUUGGAGGAACUUAUUGCAAAGGAAGUAUAGGCCACAUCUCACUAUGGCUAUUGCCAUUCCAUUUUUCCAACAACUUACUGGGAUCAAUGUGAUCAUGUUUUAUGCCCCCGUCUUGUUCAAGACUAUUGGUUUUGGUGGUGAUGCUUCACUUAUGUCUGCUGUUAUUACUGGUAUAGUUAAUGUUGGUGCUACCAUUGUUUCGAUUUAUUAUGUCGAUAAGUUGGGAAGAAGAUUUUUGUUCCUUGAAGGUGGAAUUCAAAUGCUCAUCUGCCAAAUUGCUGUGGCAAUAUGCAUUGGAACAAAAUUUGGAACAGAUGGUUAUGCAGGGGAAUUACCAAAGUGGUAUGCAACAUUAGUAGUCAUAUUCAUAUGUAUUUAUGUAGCAGGAUUUGCUUGGUCAUGGGGACCUCUAGGAUGGUUAGUCCCUAGUGAAAUUUUCCCACUCGAAAUUCGUUCAGCAGCACAAAGUAUCAAUGUAUCUGUCAACAUGAUCUUCACAUUCAUAGUCGCGCAAGUGUUCUUGACACUCUUGUGUCACUUGAAGUUUGGUUUGUUCAUCUUCUUCGCGUUCUUUGUAUGUGUUAUGACAGUUUUUAUCUACUUCUUCUUGCCCGAGACGAAGAAUGUGCCUAUUGAAGAGAUGGUUGUUGUGUGGAAACAACAUUGGUUUUGGUCUAGGUUCAUGACUGAAGUUGAUUACCCUGGAGCAGCAGCAGCUAAUGUUGAAAUGGCAAAAGGGGACAAUGGGAGCAAAUUAGUAUAG